UUGAAUUAAGCUCUGAUUGGCUCUUUAGAAAAAUCCUCCUCCUGAUAAUCAGAUAUUAAAGAACAAACAGGCUGAGAUGAAACCAUUUUACAUCUAAAACAAACCUGCAGGUUUAUUUCACCCACUGAAGAAACCAAGAGCUGAGAACUGGUCAACUGAUCAAAGACUCUUCAGGAAAUCAGUUUCUGCUCUGAAGACGACAAACACGGACAGAAAUGUUGUCGUUGCUGUUGCUGCUGGUUGCUUCCUCAGCCAGUCCUCAGGACGCAGAGAGGAACCAGCAACCAGAGGAAAUCGUCUCCUUCCUGAAACCAGAUCCAAUGGAUGAUGUUGUUAAAAUCAGACCUAUCGUGUCCGUCUCAAUAAUCCGACGUGUUCUGCCUCCGGCUCCGUUCAGACAGAAAAUCCCAGUUAACUCGACGCUCCCAGAGUUCAGUAAUACAGGAAAACUGCACUGGGUGAGAUGGAAUGGUUCCCUUCCUAACGGAUCCGUUUCCAUUUACAACAGCUACACUGAUCGCAUCGACUACAUCUGCAAAGUCGGAUGCAAUUCUGGUUUUUACAACCCCAGCAUGGGUUCUUACUGCCACUACCCCAAUAAAAAGGAAGAGCAUUGUUCCUCCUCUUUUCAAAUCCUUGUGAAUGAAGAUAAUUUUGAGAUCCUGGAGUGGAAGGAAGGUUCUUAUGGUUCUGUUCCACAGAAUGCAGUCAGAACCUGCUCCAGUGAGGAAAUGUAUGUAGGGAAGAACAAGUACGGAUUGGGGAAGGUUGAUCCGAAAGGUAAAUGUUUCUAUCUCCCCUGGGAGGACAAGGCAUAUUGGUACCAGAAGAGCUAUAAGGUUCUGACCCACAUGAAGCCUGAAGAAGAUUUAAUCACUGAUGUCAAAUAUCACCUAAAGAAAGACAAGAUUUUCAAAGAACCUCCAAAAACCAUGCAAAGCUCUACUGUCACUAACUAUAGCAGCAGGGAUGUGAUGAAGACGGUUUCUCUGAGUAAGACAACCACAGAGGAGAGACGGUGGGAAAUCAGCUCCUCCAUCGCAGUUGGUAUAAAAAUGAACAUCAAGGCAGGAAUUCCCCUCCUUGCAGAAGGACAUGUUGAAGUCAGUGCAGAGAUAUCUCUUGCAUUCUCAUAUGGAAAAACCUGGACAGAAGAAAUCUCCCACUCUGUCACUUUAGAGCUCACCGUACCACCAAACCACAGCUGCACGGUAAAGAUGGUUGGUUAUCGGUACAGAAUGGACAUUCCCUUCACCGCACGCCUGAGUCACAUCUAUGAAGACGGAGAGACCAGAUCAGCCAUCAUCUCUGGAAAUUAUCAUGGAGUCCAAGUUGGAGAUAUUGGGGCUGAAGUGGAAAGAUGUAAACCUCUGUCCGACUCCAAACGCUUUUCUAAAGACAUGUAGAACAUCUGGAGUGUUGAAUAGCUGCUAAUGUGUGGUUAGCAUCUUUACCAGGCUUUUGAUAUAGAGCUCCAGCUUCAUUUAUGCUUUUAAUUCAUAUUCUUUAUGCUCAUAUUCUUAAAUUCAGUUCUUCUUCAGUGAUCUUAGUUUAUUGUGUUUCCUCUGUCUAGUUAUUGUUUAGUAUUAGAUUUAUUUUAGUCUCAUAUAAUCUCCUGCCCUCUCAGAUUAAACUCAUUCUGUUACAAAAGCUGCUUUAAAUACUGAGAUAAUAAAAUUAUGCCAAACAUUUUUGAUGCGUUUUUAAAACGUUUGUGUCAUAAUCCAUUGAUGUUUGUGUUUCUUUAUGUUUUUCUAUAUAUUUUAUGUGUUGUUUAGUAUUUUCAGAAACGCCCUGCCAAGUUUACUUUAUUGUUCAUUUUUGUAGCUUUUACUGAUUUCUUGGAUUCACUUAUUUUACCCAAAAUGUUCCCACUCGUUUCUGACAGGUUCUCUAACAGCCCCAUUCUGUCCAACCAUUUUUAAGUUUUGGUUUUAUUCUACACACA